CGCGGCGCGGCGCGGCGCGGCGCGGCGUCCUCAGCCAGAUCGUUGCCAGGGAGUGGCUCCGCUGUCACACGAUCGAAUCUCGGCGCGGCCCCGGUCCAGUUUCCUCCUUCCUCCUUCUUCAACGAGGAGCCCUGGGGAUAGAGAUGACGACAGCAAUGGCUGCAGCUUCAGCUUCUCUGUCCACGGCGGGAGCGAUGGCGGCGCAGAUGAAAGCACAGGUGCACUCUCCUCAGAUGCCACGUGGCGACCGCACAGCAGCAGGAACUGCAGUCCUUGGUCCCAUCUUUGCCACGUGGAACGUGCCGGCUUCUCCCCCCUCCCCCUCCACUCGGCCGGCGUCUUCUUCUCCCCACCAGCUCACUGCUUUUGGGCUGUUUCCGGAGGCGACACGUGUAGCAGCGCCAAGGCGGCGUUCCUUGUCACUUCCAUCCUCCUCCUCCUCCUCCUCCUCCUCCACCGCGUCCACGCAGGCGGACGUCGGCGCGACGACGACCGCCAUUCAGUUCGUUCGUGGGGUGAAUGAACGCACCGUCCCGGAUGUGCGUCUGACGAGGUCCAGAGAUGGGUCGACAGGAAUGGCAACGUUCGUCUUCGACCAGCCCACGGUGUUUGACAUGACAGGUGAUUUGGGAGAGAUCACCGGUCUCUUUCUGAUCGACAGCGAGGGCACGCUCACCUCGACUGACGUGAGCGCGCGCUUCGUUAACGGCAAGCCGGCGGCAAUUGAGGCUCGGUAUCCUAUGAAAUCGAAACAAGAUUGGAACAGAUUUAUGAGGUUCAUGGAAAGAUACGCGGAGGAGAACAACCUCGGAUUCAAGAAAUCAUAGACACCAACUUUCACAACCUCUCUCUCUAUUGGCUGCAGCGCUGCGGCCCUGAUCCUCGUAUACACGACGAGCUCGCGUGAGGAAGGAAGGAAGGAAGGAAGGAAGGAAGGAAGGAAGGAAGGAAGGAAGGGAGGGAGGGAAGGGAGGGAAGGAAGGCGUCAAUGUCGAACGAGGUCGAUGACGACGCAGAAGACUCUGCUGCCAUAGCCACGUUGGCUUGUAUGUUGCAGGCCAGAAAGAAAAAGGCUUCAAUCUCAGGAGGGCGUGUGUGCAAAAGGGGAGCCUACUACUCUGGACUCUGGAGAAGAAACCGCUCACGGAAAAGAGACUCGACGAGCAGACAGAUUGGACGGAGAGCAACGAAGUAAUUUGGACAGGGGUAUUGGCGUAAUUUCGACAGGGGUAUUGUGAAGGAGGGUAAUCGCGAGCCUCAGACCAGGGGUGUUGGCGUAAUUUGGACAGGGGUAUUGGCGUAAUUUGGACAGGGGUAUUGGCGUAAUUUGGACAGGAAAAGAAAGGGCAACUCAAAUAGCGGGGUACGGAGACAGAAGGAAGGGAAGAUAGUAAUUUGGACAGGGGUAUUGAGAAGGAGAAGGCAUCAAUCAACAGCUGAUGAUUGACCUGCAGGCUGCAGAAUGCAACAGCGCACGGACGAAGACUGGGAGGGGAGGGAGAGUCGUGGCAGGCUUGUAUCGGCAGGAACUUGGUCACUACAGUAUGCAUUUGAAGAGAUAGAGAGAGAACACGGAUUGGAAGACAUGCGACGAUGUUAGGAGGCCUAUUUAUUCAUCAGAUAAAAGAGGGGAGGGGGGGGGAGGAGGAAAUAAAGCGUGAUGGAGAGAAGGUUGCGCGCGCGGAUUCGAACUGUGGUCAGCAAUUAAGAUGGGAGGGGAGUGUGUGUGAUAGGGCAAUCCAAUAAUGCAAUGCCAUCAAGCAGGAGAUCAUGAAGAAGAUCAUACAGAACGGCAUCAAGAUCAAGAUGGCCAGAACGAAGACGAUCAAGCAGGAGAUCCUCUCCUCUCCUCUCCUGCUUGAUGCCGUUCGAAGAGAGUUCAUCAAGAUGGCCUGAACGAAGACCAAGAAAAGGCGUUAGCACAUUCGAAGAGAGUUCAUCAAGAUGGCCAGAACAAAGACCAAGAUGAUGUGAUUGAAAGGAGUCGGUAGAUACCGGAUACGGUGUGAUCAGAAGAGUCAUCGUCAUCUUGCCCGUACCAAGGCAAGAGUAAGAGUGAUGUUCAAGGUCAACAGAGAUGAAUGAAGGCGGACAUAUUUCAAGAACAGAGAACAGCCGUGACGCUAAUAACGGGAAGGGAGCUGGGUACAUUCAAGAAUCUGACCCGAAGAUGGAUGCAGAUGCAGAUGCAGAAGAGGUGGGGAUGACUAUUUAGUAGGCUAGGAGGCCCGGCGCGGUUGACUGUGUGUACUUUUUCUUUUUUUUUUUGGACUUUUGUACGACGCUCUUGGUGUUUUGUAAGUUCGGAUUCGUGCAUGGCUCUUGGUUUGAAUUUCGAAAAUUUCGAAAAUUUCGAAAAUUUCGAAAAUUUCGAAAAUUUGGCUCUCUUCACCAGAUGGAUGGCGCUUUGUAAUUUUUCCCGUGAUCGUUAACGAUGGGUUGAUGUAUCUCAUGUUUCGGUGGCGACUGUGGAAUUGGUAAGAUAAGGACGGAUGUGCCACGUGGAAGAGGCUGAGAGGUAGAACUAGUAGCUGCUGAUGAUGACGUAGUGAACGCGGGACUGUAUUGACUUCGACCGUGCAGGUUGGAUUGGCUGAUGAUUGAAGGCUGACGGUCCGCGGCGGCCUUGCCGCUUUGACUUUCCAAGUGAUCCAUUCUUUUUUUUUCUCGCAUGCUGACUGUGAUGAAGCUGAUGAGCGGAAUGGCGAGAGGAACAGAGUUGGUGACGUGGAGACGAACCUUGCUGCUGGCAAGCUUUCUGUUCGAAGUCCUGUUGUGUACAAUUGAAGGGAGAGUGGGAGUGGGGGAAAAGGCCGCAGUGCUGGUGGGGUUUUUUGACCCAUACGGAUCUGCCGGCGGUUUCUGUACAGUGGCAAAUACUCCGUCAAACUACCGUCUUCACCCGAAUAGAACGCCCGGUCAUUAUCGCUGCAUAUGGACCGAAAGUAUGCAAGCAAGGAAGGCCGCACUGCGAAAUAGUCAGGGGGGAAGAGGUGAGAUUGGAAAAUUCCGUGGUGUAGAGAGAGACAAGAGAGAGGGAGGGCGUAAGACACGCAGAGACACACACACACAGAGAGAGAGAGAGAGAGAGAGAGAGGGAGGGAGAGAUUGUGAGAGAAAGAGAGUGGCACCACCACCACGUGGCUGGGGAGGGUUUACUCCCCAUCUGGACACCUGGUACCCAUGGAGAGUCUCCUAUCUCGAAUUUGUCAAGCAAACCUUAUGUACGUAUAUUUACGUAAAUAC